AUGUCUUCUUUGAAAUCUAAAGAAACUAAAACUAUUUUAACAAAUAAACAAAGAAAAGCCAUUUUUGCAUAUAAAGAAAAACUUUCUCAAAUUACUCAUACUGAUCUUAUCAGUUGGGAUGUCUCUGUAGAUGAUACAGUUAUUGAAGCUGCUAUUCCUCAAUUAAGAAUUGGUCAAAGUAAUGAUGAUAAUAAGAAAGAGGAGGAAGAGGAAAUCACCUUUGAUAAUGAUAAUAAUUUGAUGAAAGAAUUGUAUAACAAUAUAAAAAUGUUCAAUUUUUCAAAUAUGAUAAAUUUAGAGAAAUAUAUUAAUGAUGAGGAAGAUAAUAAUAUAGAAUUACCCCAAGUUGCUCACAAGAAAGCAUUAGAUGCUAUACAUUUAUUAGAGUUGUACCUCAUGCAACAAAACCUUAAUAAUGCAGCUUAA